UCCCCCCUCUCAGCGGCCUGGUUUGGUUGUGCUGCGGCUUGGAAAGGAGACGCUGCCCUUCCGCAGCGAUGGGAGCCCGGUUCUGUGGAAAGACCUGCUAUGUGUGCCCCUGUCCGGCUGGCGUGUGGAUGGUGCCCAGGGUCCAGCCAGAGACCAGUUGAAGACAUUCUCCUUGGAAGCUCUUACCCCAAGAGUUCCCGCCUUGGGUGCUAGGCCUGCCAUGGCGUUCCGUCGGACUGAGGGUAUGUCCAUGAUCCAGGCUCUAGCCAUGACUGUGGCUGAGAUACCGGUGUUCCUAUACACGACAUUUGGUCAGUCUGCGUUCUCCCAGCUGCGGUUGACGCCAGGCCUGAGGAAGGUUCUUUUUGCCACAGCCCUUGGGACUGUGGCCUUGGCCCUGGCUGCUCACCAGCUGAAGCGGCGUCGGCGGAAGAAGAAGCAGGUGGGCCCUGAGAUGGGAGGUGAGCAGCUGGGCACAGUACCCAUGCCCAUCCUCAUGGCCCGCAAGGUUCCUUCAGUGAAGAAAGGCUACUCCAGCCGGAGGGUUCAGAGCCCCAGUAGCAAGAGCAACGACACUCUGAGCGGCAUCUCCUCCAUCGAGCCCAGCAAACACUCAGGCUCCUCCCACAGCCUGGCCUCGAUGGUAGUGGUCAAUUCAUCCAGCCCCACAGCUGCGUGCUCAAGUUCCUGGGAAACCAGAGGGAUGGAGGAGUCUGUGCCUACCACUGAUGGCAGUGCCGAGAUCCUCUAUGUACAAGGCAUGGAGCUGUUUGAGGAAGCCCUGCAGAAAUGGGAGCAGGCACUGAGUGUGGGGCAGAGGGGGGAUGGAGGCAGCACCCCCACGCCGGGGGACAGCUUCCAGAACCCAGACACCUCGUCAGAGGCACCGUCAGAGCCAGAGUCGCAACGGAGGGAGUUUGCCGAGAAGCUGGAGUCCCUGCUGCACCGGGCCUACCACCUGCAGGAAGAAUUUGGCUCCACCUUCCCCUCUGACAGCAUGCUGCUGGACCUUGAGAGGACCCUCAUGCUGCCCCUGACUGAGGGCUCACUGCGUCUGCGAGCUGAUGACGAGGACAGCCUGACCUCGGAAGACUCCUUUUUCUCAGCCACUGAGCUCUUUGAGUCCCUGCAGGUCGGAGAUUACCCGCUCCCUCUCUCCAGGCCCGCUGCUGCCUACGAGGAGGCUCUGCAGCUGGCAAAGGAGGGGAAGGUACCCUGCCGGACACUGAGGUGAGAGUAAAUGGAGGCUGGGGGGGGGGGUGCUUCAGCCCCGGGGAGAGGUGCAGAGGCCCACAGUGCCUGGCAAGGACUCAGCCUCACACUGGCCAUGCCUGGCCCAUCUCACCUUAGCAGAGGUCAAGAACAAACGCAGGCCAGGUGUGGUGGCACACACCUUUAAUCCCAGCUCUUGA